AUGAGUGCGGUUCGAAGUCCCUGGAGGGCCCGACUGGACACCUUAGAAUGCCACUUCACGUGGAACCUGAACAGCCAAAGAAAGGACCUUUUCCUUCGCCGGGACAUACUGGAGGACAUCAGCGCCGAGGACGGCAACCUCUGGCUGGGACACAUCUACAACCUGCAGGCCUACAUCCACUUCCUCCUGGCCUCUGAAGAGCAGACCCCAGGCUCCACCAUGAGCGACGCGCUGCGCUGCUUCGGCCAGGCGGGGGAGGCCUUCCGGCAGGUGAGGAACACUGUAGCAGACGAGGGUCCCCGGCUGCUGGUCAACUACGGCAACCUGGCCUGGCUGCACUACCGACGGGACGAGUGGUCGGAGAGCGUCGCGUACUUGGGCAAGGCGGAGGCACUGCUGCGAGAAUACCCGUCUCCGAUACAGGGGCAGCCCCAUCAGGUGGUCCUGGCCGAGAAAGCAUGGACCCUCAUGAACUUCGGCCAGGACGGCAAACGCAGUGCGGUGGAGCUCUUCAGGAAAGCCAUCGAGAUGGAACCAGCAUGCCCCGUGGAGUGGACCACCAGCCACGCGUUGGCCUUGGCGAUGUCUUCUCCUCCAGACGACUUGUCACCAGAGCAGGAGGCGGACAUCUUGGAGACCCUGAGACGCGCCGUUGAAGGCGAUCCAGACAACUUGUACAUUGCUGUGGUGUACCUCGAGAGACGCGCCAUGACCGACAGCAGAGGGAUCGCAGAGCAAGCCCGUGAGCUGACCGAGGACGUGCUGAAAAGUUCUCAGAGCAGCUACAGCGGGAUCCGACCCCUGCUGAGAGUCUACAGACUGCACGUGUCCCUGGAUGAGGCCAUCGACGUGGCGAAAGAGGCUCUAAAGAGGCAUCCGACCAAUCGGCACCUCAAAUACGGCCUGGCAAACUGCUACAAGUGGAAGAUCUUCUCAGACAGGGACAGUCCCCUGAUCGAGGACCUGAGGAGUCGAGCCAUCGGUCUCUAUAAGGAGCUGUGCAGCCUGUAUCCGCAUUAUUUCCUAUUGGGGAGGAUCACCCUGGCGAGUUUAUACGCACAGUCAAGGAAUCCUGACAACAUCGAGGCUGACAAGAUAUUUAGGGAUUUGUUGGAAAUUGAUUUAGAGCCAGCCCAGCGGCAAAUGCUUUAUAACAAAUAUGCAAAAUUCCUCCACUUCAGUCUUCAAGACCGACGGAGGUCAAUAGAGUAUCACAUGAAGGCAGCAGAAAUACUGCAUUCCUCCAGGUUUCGGAGAGAGAGCAUACACAUUCUGACCCAGAUUAUGAAUAGCAGGAUGGACCGAAUGUCUGGAGAAAUUGGGGACUUUCUGGCCCAACUAACCUUGUAGCUUAGCACACAAUAAAAAAAAAUCACAUGUUACAUAAUUAGACAAAAUCCUUUAUUUAUUAAAUAUGGCACCAACUUUCAGAUGUCUUUCAGUGUUGAAAUCUGCCAUACAAUGGAAGAAUGAUUACAAAGCGCGUAUUUUGUAAUCACCAAGGACUAAAUUAUUUUAAAUUUUUGUAAAAGGGGAACUAUAAAUAGGAGUUUUAUUUAAGACUGAAAAAAAUACAA